ACAGUUAAAUUACCUGUCCAGCAUAUGGGUUUAUGUGUUAAUGCAAUGCAUACACUAUAACAUGCAUAUAUCAGAAUUUUACACAACUAUAUAAAUGAUUAUGGUGAAUAUAUUUGGUCAUUAUACGUUGACAUGGACACCAUUUUUAACGUUUUUGAAGCUUCUUGUAAAGUGCCGCUGUAACUAAUUAUAAAUUACGUGUGAAAGUCUGCGGCAGCCUGGUGCAAGGAAUACAAAUGGCUAAAUCAGAAACAAAUGCUCAUUUACAUAAAGUACUGACACAUCGAAAUUACAUGCACCACGUCACCUUACAAAAAGAAUUGAAAAGUUAUGAAAAACAGAAGAAAGUGGUCGAGAAGGAAUUGUCUCAAAUUAUUAAAGUUAGACGAGCUAUCCAGCAAAUUAACGGAACGUUGCUAAAAGAAUCUAGAAAGGGAAAAAAAGAAAAUUCAUCCAAGAAAGCGUGGGAGCAAAAAAUGACUGAAGAUGGAAUUACAUUCGGGAAAAAAGAAGAGCACGAAGAUGAAGAAGUGCAUAAAUAUGAUCACCAAGAAAAGUCGCUUAUUAAGAAAAGUAAUGUCUCGUCACAAGGGGUAUCCUCUAAAAUACAGCACCACUUAAGCGAAUAUUCUCAAAAACCUGAAUUUCACACUCGCCAAGAAAGCAGAACAUAUACAAUUCAUAGCGAUUCCUACUCAGAGCAUGUCCAUGACCACGAUGAAAAUGAUUCCCAAAAAAUGGGAUCAAUGGAAAAAAGCAACGCAUUAGACAAAAACGAUGACUCGCAAAAUCUCAAAGAUAGAGAAAUUAGAACUCAGUCAACGCCCAACUCAAAAAAUACGAAGCUUUUUACAAGAAGGCCUCCUUACGUUAAGUCUUGUUCCCUUCCGAAUUUCUCUGUGCAGAAACUGGAUGAAAUUAGGGAAAGCGCAACACAGGAAAAUCAACAAUGCCAAAUGUAUCGUCCAUCAAAAACACCAACGAGAAUGAUAAGCAGGGACAGGAAUGCGAGUCCAAACGAAGAUCUGUAUAAGAAAAGCUUAUUAACUAACUUCGAGUGCGUUAGAGGGGCGAAAGAAGGGAAAGAGCAAUGUGAAAUUCAUCAUUCACCAAAAACCCAAACAGGAAUGGCAAGUGAGGAUUAUUCUUCUGAUGGAAUUCUUUUCACGAGGACUACUUCGGAUCACCAUCAUGGAAUUACAAAGCUUCCUACCCUUGCGAAUCUCCAAGGAAGCGUUUGCGUUCCAGUCGACGACGCAAGAAAGACGAUAGAUGAUUCCAAUUAUGGUAAUAAUGGAAUUACAAGUUGGACGAACAAUAGAGUGAGAAACUCUUCGGCCGUUUUUCGUGCUUUUCCCAAUAACGACGUAUGCCUUGUGCCCAGGGCACGGAACCGAUCACAAACGGUAUGCGACCUAGAAGAAGUCAAAAGCAGGCGGGCAAGAGCUAGGACAAUAUCGUGCAUGGAUAACCCAGAAUACGGUCGAUCGACGAGGGUUGCGGUUCCAAGUACAGCAGAAACUGAAUACAGUAGACAUAGAGCGUUCAGCUACAUUGAAUCUGUUGGUCUAAAAGAAGACGAAACAAUUGCCAUAAAAGGGAAAUUCAGGCAAAUUGGACAUACUGUGUUGGCCGUAGCACUUAUGAAGAAAAUGGCUUCAAAAAAAUAGCUCAGUUAGAGAUGACUGCAUGUAGAUUAAAACCCACUUACUGUCAUGCACUACUUCCGUCCUUCUAGUAAAGAUAUAAUAACUGUUUUCACGGCAUUUAUAAUAUUGAAACCGAUAGUGAGUUUGGUUCGACGUUUCUUAACACUAUUUACAAACCAGUUUUAUAGAAUAGCUUUAUUAUGGUAGAUGAGGAUCAUUCGAUAUGUUUUCUCGACAGUUUGACUAAGAAAAAAAUAGCAAUGUCUCUUGAAAAAAAUUCUUGUAUGUAAUCAUUAUUA